GCAGCAGAAUUCUCUAUGUAUUGCAGUUUAUUGAGACGUAGCAGCUGAACAUUUAGUACAGGGGGUGGUCCAAAGUGCGGCUCGGGGGCCAUUUGCGGUCCGCGACUGCUUUUUGACCGGCCAUCAGCACAUUUAAAAAUAUAAUUAAUGAAUAAAAUAAGAAAAACAAAAGGAAACAAAUAAAGAUAAAUAUUAAGAGAGUAAACUAGUAAUAUUAAGGUGAAAAAUACCAUAACUGGCCAAUAAAAUCGGAAUUUACUGUUUAAGAAUCUCUCAGAAAUUCUCUCAGAAAAGCCCCCUCCCGCCUAAACAGUUUGAAAUGGUGAUAAAAACGAGCAAAUUUUGGCAGAAUGAGUGUGAAUGGAUGCCAGCAGGGGUUAUCUUCCAGGUAGUUUAGCAUGCUCAUGCGGUUGUGUGUGUAUGGAUGUUGUCAUCAUGAGGAGAAGGAAGUGUGGGGAAGUAUUUCCUGUGCGGUUGAUUCAGUGCUGGUUGAUCCCGUUGGAAAAGUUAGCCAUAUUACAUCCGUUUGUCCUUUGAUGUAUUGCAUAAAUAAGUAAUCAUGAUUUUAGCGUUAAAUUAAGCAACAUAUUUGUCACCUAUAUACUUUACAUACACUCCCUUCACAGCAUGUGCGGAUGCCACAACGAUGAACGUCCCCGCGCUCCUUCUGCCUUGGCAAGGCUGAAUGUUUCUGUUCCGUCUGAUGUCACCUCAGCAAAGGUUUAUUGCUCAUUUAUGAUUCUUCUCCUUUCUCGCCGCCUCCUCGACCAAUCUCCUUCUCACAAGCCAGCCCACUGCGACUCAUCUCCCCCAACUUAACCCUCACAGGGACGCCUUGAGCAACAUUGUCCAGCCUCCUUUUCGCUCUCUUCCUCCACCUGGAGUAAGCAUCACACUUCCUAUUUUCUUCCCCACUCCCCUUUUAUGUGUGUCACUCUCUCUCUUUUCUGGCUCCCUCUACUCGUGCACACAAGCGUGUCGUCUGCAUUCAUUCAUGCGGAGGACAUCGGGGCACAGCACAUACACAAUUACGUCAAGAGCAGGUGGAGCGGCAGGAAAGAGCCAGGAGCUCUUUGGCAGGACGACGAGGACUGGGAAGAGCUCUUACUCCACCUUACACACACUUUUGGGUGUGUUGCCGUAUAUGUGUGUGUGUGUGUGUGUGGACGCGCUGUAGUGAGGUGUUGGUCACCAUGGCUGGCAGUCUGUUUGGAAGACUCUCCCUUGAGGAGGGGGACUCAGCCUACUCCCUGGAGGGCCUGGAGAUGAAGAUAGGGGGAGAAGCCAUGCAUCAGGCCUUGGACACGCUGAGUGACAGCAUCAGCUCCACCACCGCCAAUGACCUGGACCUCAUCUUCCUCAAAGGCAUCAUGGAGAGCCCAGUGGCACACGAGCGCUUUGAGGAGCCCAAGCUCGAGGCAGUGAGGGAGAACAACGUGGAGCUGGUCCAGGACAUCCUCAAGGAGCUCAAUCCGUUGGCACACAGGAACCACGCAGCCGAUGAGUUAGUCCGCAUCCUAAAGGAGCCCCACUUUCAGUCUCUCCUGGAGACCCAUGACUCUGUAGCAUCCAAAAACUACGAGACUCCUCCCCCGAGUCCUUGUGCCUUCAUGGACGCAGCCCUCAACAACCAACCUGUGCCGCCCGACGCCGUUAGGAUGGUGGGCAUUCGAAAGGUGUCUGGCGAGCACCUGGGAGUGACGUUUCGAGUGGAGAGCGGUGAGCUGGUGAUCGCCCGAAUCCUCCACGGCGGCAUGAUUGACCAGCAGGGUCUGCUCCACGUGGGCGACAUCAUUAAGGAGGUGAACGGCAAGGAGGUGGGGAACGAUCCCAAAGUGCUGCAGGAGAUGCUGAAGGAGGCGAGCGGCAGCGUGGUACUGAAGAUCCUGCCCAGCUACCAGGAGCCGCACACACCCAGACAGGCCUUUGUCAAGUGUCACUUUGACUACGACCCAUCCCACGAUAAUCUGAUUCCCUGCAAAGAGGCAGGACUUAGCUUCUGCAGUGGCGACAUUCUGCAAAUAUUCAACCAGGAAGACCUCAACUGGUGGCAGGCCUGCCACAUCCAGGGAGGGAGUGCAGGUUUAAUUCCAAGUCAGCUCCUGGAGGAGAAGAGAAAAGCCUUCGUGAAAAGAGAUCUGGAGCUUGUUACCACAGGUCCUCUCUGUGCUGGAAUGGGUGGCAAGAAGAAGAAGAAGAUGAUGUAUUUAACCACCAAGAACGCAGAAUUUGAUCGCCACGAGCUGCGGAUCUAUGAGGAGGUUGCCAAGGUGCCGCCAUUCAGGAGAAAGACAUUGGUCCUGAUUGGCGCCCAGGGCGUUGGCCGCCGCAGUCUAAAGAACAAGCUGCUGGUGUUGGAUCCCCAGCGCUACGGCACCACCAUCCCUUUUACCUCCAGGAAGCCGAAGGUGGACGAGAGGGACUGUCAGAUGUACUCCUUCAUGACACGCGGUGAGAUGGAGUGUGACAUCAAAAACGGACGCUUCUUGGAACACGGCGAGUACGACGGGAACUUGUAUGGCACGAAAAUUAACUCCAUACACGAGGUGACAGAAACGGGAAAGAUCUGCAUCCUGGAUGUGAACCCCCAGGCUCUCAAAGUCCUGCGGACGUCGGAGUUCUUGCCCUACGUUGUUUUCAUCGAGGCGCCUGAUUUUGAGGUCCUCAAAGCCAUGAACAGGUCAGCAAUAGAAUCGGGCGUGGUCACUAAGCAGCUAACGGACUCCGAGCUCAAGAGGACGGUGGACGAGAGCGAGCGCAUCAAGAGGGCGUACGGACAUUACUUUGACCUCUGUAUCGUAAACGACGGUCUCGAGGUAACGUUUCGAAGUUUACGGGCCGCCAUGGAAAAACUGUUCAACGAGCAACAGUGGGUGCCUGUCAGCUGGGUGUUUUGAGUCUCGGAGCAGACCAAAGGAUGGAUGGAGAAUGGUGGACGGUUCGAUCCCCCGCGCUGCCAUCCAAGUGGGUGUCUUUGAUGUCGUAUUUAAUUUUGUAAUUUUGUUGCUAUUGAAACGGUUCUGGAGUUGACGAUGGGGUACAGUGCAAUCGUGGGAGUGGGACGUGCUUCUUCCAAACAUGGAAUAGAUGUAGAGUGGGGAUGGGCAUAACAAGCCUUUCGAUCUUUGUUUGGAUAACUGUGACGAUUCCGUUGGUGAUCCUGUCUUGAACAAGUUGAGGCAAAAUUAGAUGCACGACUUGACUUGGUAAUGGUAAUGGUAAUGGUAAUGGUAAUGGUAAUGGUUUAAUUUCAUUUCAACAUGCAUCAGAUUCCAAUUGAGUACAUCCCAUAAUCAGUUCCCAGUUCCACAUGUCCAAAAGGAGUAGGAAGAAGCAAAGCUUAUUAAAUCCUACCCCUCCAUCUGGUACUUUUACAAUCAGUAACUGUUACAUUUGUUCACUUCCUGCUUUCCUAAUAUAUUUUUUUUGUUUUACUUUAUUAAUUUUUUAUUUUUUAUUAA